AUGCAGCAAAUUGAAACAAGCAGCGAUAGUUACAUUCCAUACGAAUCGACCAACUUUCUGUCUUUGAUGUGCUUUUGGUGGAUGACUCCUUUAGUUACUAUAGGAAGAAAAAGACCAUUAACUUUUAACGAUAUAUGGAAAAUUCCUGAACGCGACUCAUACAAAUACAAUACCGAUAUCUUUGAAAGAUUAUGGAAGGAAGAAAUAAAAUUACGGGGUGAACGUAAGGCUUCCAUAGGACGUGUUAUAAUCAAAGCAUUAAUGAAGAAAUUAUUGGUAUCGGUGGCCGUAUAUGCAAUUGUUAUUGGUUGUUCUAUUAGUAGUGCUUUAAUUAUGCGACUGAUUGUCGAAUAUUCAACCUCCACCGACCUUCCUGUAGAGAGAGGUGUUAUCUUGGUUUGUAGUAUGCUGAUCAGCGAAAUUGUAUUCACUUUUUUCUUCGCACUUGCCUGGUAUGUGUCGUUAAGAACUGCUAUAAAAGCUAGAUCGAUGAUUUUUGGUCUCGUAUUCAAUAAAGUUAUAUCUCUAAAGAAUACUGGCGGUGGGUCUGUCGGAAAGCUUAUCAACCUUUGCGCAAAUGAUGCUCAACGCGUAUAUGAAGCUGUUUUAUUACUUGGUUUUUGUUUAGGCGCGCCAGUGGCAAUAAUUGGAGUUAUAACUGCAUUAGUGUUCACAAUUGGACCUGUCGCGUUGGUAUCUCUGAUAGUCAUUUUUUUCUAUUAUGGGUCUAUGAUUGCCGUUGGGAAGGUUAUUAAAAAACUUCGCAGAAAAUCUAUCGUAAUUACAGACCAAAGGAUUCGUGAAAUGAACGAAGUCUUAAAAUGCAUUAGACUAAUUAAGCUAUAUGCUUGGGAGGAAUCUUUCGAGACGAUACUCAAAGGCAAGUACUUUAAAAGUUUCUUACUCCGUCAAAGUGAAAGAAGUCGCCUUGAGAAAGUUGCGUACAUACAAAGUUUUAAUAUCUCAUUUAUCAUGAUCAUACCAGCUCUCGCAUCAGUACUUACCUUAACAACUGGUUUUUUACUUGGAGUUCCUAUAACGUCCGCUCAGGCAUUUACAUCUAUUGCGCUAUUAAACGCAUUACGUCAAACUAUAAAUAUGUUUCCUCAAAUGAUCAGACAGUCGGUAGAAGCUGUCGUUGCAUUUAAAAGAAUAAAGGGAGAAAUAUCGGGAAUCUGCGGCCGCAUUGGAAGCGGAAAAUCUUCCUUAAUUUCUGCCAUCUUAGGCGAAAUGAAUACAGUUUCCGGAAGUAUUGCUGUUGGUGGAUCAAUAGGAUUAGUGACUCAACAGCCAUGGAUCUUCAAUGGAACUUUACGAGAUAAUAUAACUUUUGGAUAUCCUUUUAACGCCGCCAGAUAUGAGCGUGUUAUAGAGUGUUGCUCACUACAAGAAGACUUAAUAGCUCUACCAAAUGGAGACGAGACCUCGAUUGGAGAUAGAGGAGUAAAUUUGAGCGGCGGUCAGAAACAACGAGUCAGUCUAGCACGAACGGUAUAUGCCGACAGGGAUGUGUAUCUAUUUGAUGAUCCACUAAGUGCUGUGGACACAGAUGUUGGUAAACACAUUUUCGAGAGAUGUUUCAACGAAUUACUGAAAGAAAAAUCUAUUUUAUUCGUCACUCAUCAGUUACAGUAUCUUCGCGACUGCGACUGUGUAACGUUAAUGAAAGAUGGUCAAAUUAUCGGCAGUGGUAGUCACAGCGAAUUAUUAAAUAGCAAUAAGGUAUACGCCGAUCUGAUUAGUGAUUUAUGUAACAAGAAAGAAGAUGAAAUCGAAGAUAAAAAAGCAACCCUUAUAGAUUCGUCCAACGGGAUAAUUCAAACAAGUGCAGGAAAUCUAGUUAUGGUUCUGGUGUUAAUGGUUUACGGCAUUACUGUAUCAGUUCGAGUAUUUACCGAUUGGUGGCUUUCACAAUGGCUGAGUGGCGAUAUCAGUCGUCCAAACAUGAAUUCAACUAAUAACAGUUCCGAUUUCUUACCUGGACCUACAACUUCAACACACAGCAACACAAGCUUUUCAUCUAGACCUGCAAAUCAAUUACCAUUUUAUACUAACUUAGCAAUUUAUGUAUCGUCCGCAAUAAUCAUGAUAUUACUUCAAGGUGUUAGAGCAAUUGCAUUCUCAAAGGUGACUUUACGAGCAUCUUCAAAAUUAUGUACCAAGGCGUUGCAUAAGAUUCUGAGAUGCCCUUUGAGUUUUUUCGAUUACACACCGUCUGGUAGAAUACUUAAUCGAUUUUCUCGUGAUAUGGAUGAAAUUGACAUUCAGCUUCCGUUGUUUGCUGACCGAUCUCUUUUAUUAGUACUUACGUUACUCGGGUCCAUAAUAGUAGUGUUAGCUUCGUAUCCUUGGGUAGCGAUCGCUAUUGUUCCUUUAGUUUUAGGAAUCUCGAUGUUAGCUUACGUUUUUGGUAAAACAUUGAGAGAAGUAAAAAGACUAGAGAGUAUUAGUAGAUCGCCCGUUAUGACACAUCUAACUGCAACUAUGGAAGGUCUGUCAGUGAUACAUGCUCAUGGCAAAUCAGCUGAAUACCUUACAAAGUUUCGAAGACUUCUUGAUAGAAAUUCAUCGUGUACUAUGAUAUUCAUGGCUUUAAAUCGCUGGUUUGCAAUAAGGGUAGAUUGGUUUAUCACAGUCCUUGUUGCUAUUGGCGCUAUGACAGUAGUAAUAGAACGAGGACUUGCUUCUUCUGCGUAUUCUGGCCUUGCUUUAGUCUAUAUCAUGCAGACUAAAGGCAUACUGCAAUUCGCUGUAAGAAAUAUCUUGGAGACUAACUCCAGAUUUACUUGCGUUGAACGACUUAACGAAUAUUGUGAGAUGCGAUAUCGCCCUCAUUUACCUACAGUACUAGAUGGUAUACAGUUUAAGAUUAAUGCUGGGGAAAGAAUCGGAAUCGUAGGAAGAACUGGAAGUGGAAAAACUUCUAUUGGCGCAUGUCUGUUCCGACUCGUCGAAAUUUAUAGUGGCUCAAUAUUAAUUGAUGGACAUAACAUAAGCCAUAUAGAUCUUUAUAGUUUACGUCGCAAUAUGUCAAUGAUACCACAAGAUCCCUUCAUUUUUGAGGGUACAAUCAGAUACGUUAGUAACGAAAUAAUCAUACAUGAUUGUAGAACUAAUUUAGAUCCACUCAAUCAUUAUAACGAUCGCGAAUUAUGGCGUGUGUUAGAAAAAGUACAGUUAAAAGAGAAGAUUGUACUGCUUGAUGAAGCGACUGCUUUUAUGGAUACGAAAACGGAUGGAAUUAUUCAAGCUACCUUGCAAAGUGAAUUACGAAAGAGCACAGUUUUAAUUAUAGCACAUCGACUUAACACAAUACAAUCGUGUGAUAAAGUUUUAGUAUUAGAUAGCGGAAAGAUUCUAGAAUUUGAUACUCCCUUCAAUUUGAUGUACAAGGAAGAGUCGAUAUUUAAAAGAAUGGUUAGUAAGGCUGGAAUAGAGGAACUAUUCAAGCCUAAAAGGGUAACAAAGAGAAAACCAAUAAUUUUGGAGAAUAGACUAUUUUCUCGAUCUCUGUUCUAUUUAAAAUAA